AUGUUCGUCGGCGUGUCGGUCGUUCUCGCUGUGUUCUCUUACCUCGCCUAUCGACAUCUAUACACAUAUGCAGAUACGACGGGUGGUGGUGGAGGUGGUGGUGCCGUUGCGGGUCGGGCCAGAGGCGUCGGCGUCGGCGUCGGUAGACCUACCACCGCCGUAUCGGAUAUCGAUGCAGCAUCACCUUCCUCUUCCUCUUCCUCUUCCUCAUCGACGACGACGACUACCUCCAGCAAGUCCACUCUCUCGAUGUGGCCGUUCUUCUCGACCAUCCUGAGGCAGUCCCAAUCGAGCUUUUCCGAGUCAUCGUCGGAGCUGGCGAGGCUUCGCGGCGGCGGUACCACUGCUGUCAACGGCGCCGCGUGCAUCGUCCCCGACAUCCACACCACGACAUCCGAGCAGACGGACGCGCGUCUAUCCGCCGAAAGGAAGGAGGAGCAGGAGGAGGAGAAGGGGUCGCCCGACACCACGCCGCGCGCCCGGCCCGUCCGCCCCUCGGCCGCAGCAGCAAUCCUGCGCAUCUCACUCGACGAUGCCGAUGACGAGGACGAUAUGACGCCGCCGGCGUUUCCGGCGUUGAACUCGGCGCAGCGGGCUGGUGGUGGUGGAGGAGGUGUGAGGUCGAGUCUGGGAAUGCCGCCCCCGCCUAUCCCGAAUAGGAAUAUGCCGCCUCCCCCAGUGCCGAAUCGGAAUCCGAAGAUGCAGAAUCCGUCGACCUGGUCGCGUCCUGCACCGCCGAAUCCGAAUGGUGCGGCCAGGUCGAGGCUGCAGGUUGUUGGUGCUGGCGCUUCGGGUGUCGCCGCGGGGAAUGGGUUGACAUUGCCGAGACGGGGUGGUGGUGGUGGUGGUGGUGGUGGUGGUGGUGGUAGUGAUGGUGGAAGUAGCAGCAGCAAGAGUCGGAAAGUCAUACUGGAGCCUGGACACUCGCCGUUGGACUGGGCGCGGCUACAAAAGUCAGGAAUUGAUCUACGGGGACUCCCUCACGGCCGGUUACUCAAGAUCCCCCCCUCGGAGCUAGCCCAGCACAAAUCCCUCCCGGACGACGUCUGGAUGGCGCUCAAUGGCAAGGUGUACAACAUCUCGGCCUACAUCCCGUUCCAUCCGGGCGGCGAGAAGGAGCUUUUGCGCGCCGCUGGAAAAGACGGAACGAAGCUCUUCAACGCCACCCAUCCCUGGGUCAACAUCGAGGGCAUGCUCGAGGAGUGUCUGAUCGGAAUCAUGGUCAGCGAGGACGAGGCAAGGCUAGAAGUGUCCGAGCUGGAUCUGGUGGAUUGA